AUACUGGCAUUCACUUGGAUUCCCUCAGAGGAAAGCAGAAGUUGGACACCACCGACGUUAUGCCAGCGAACCCAAAGCAGCAUUUAAGAGCAGAAAGCAGACGAAUAUUUAGAGAACUGAGUCGAGGAAACUGAAUGAUGAGUGCUGCUCAGAGUCAAACAACACUGGAGUCCAAACUGGAGGCCCUGCAGUGCCACUUCACCUGGGAUCUGGACCCCAAGAGCACAUUUAAACUUUACCGUCUCAGGGACAAGCUGGAGGACAUAGGCCCCGAGGAGGGGAACAGCUGGCUGGGUCACAUUUACAACCUGCGGGGGUUCAUUCAGUACAAGCUGGGGUUCACCGAAGACGCCCAGAGUUUCUUCAACAAGGCUGCAGAGGCCUUCAGCAAGAUAAGAAACGCAGAUGAGGGUCCCUGGUUGGUGGUGAACUACGGGAACCUGGCGUGGCUUCACCACCACCUGGGAGACCAAGCAGAGAGUCAGGCUUACCUGUCAAAGGUCAACACCCUGAUGAAUAAAUACCCAUCUCCAUCCCAGGAUGAGCUCCAUCCAGAGAUCUACGCUGAGAAAGCCUGGACCUUGGCGGAGUUGAACAUUAACAAAAAGCUGGCUACCGAUUACUUCCAGAGAGCCAUCAGGAUGCAGCCGGACGUGGUGGAGUGGAACACCUGCUACAUCUUAGGGUUAGCGGAUGCUUUUAAGCACAGCGACACAGGGCUGGAGGCUGACCUUCUGGAGAAAAUGAGAAUCGCCAAGGAACAGGAUCCAGAGAACUUGUACCUUGCUCUUCUCUACCUCGAGUAUUGUGCAAAGAAAGGAGAGAGAAUCGAAGAUGAAGCACGGGAGUUAGCCAGAAAGGUGUUGAGAAAUCCUGUCGGCAGCUACAGUGGUAUUAAUCCUUUACUAAGGAUUUACAGAAACUAUGUUUCUAUUGAUGAGACCGUUGACCUGAUAGAGGAGGCUCUGAGAACCCAUCCAGAUGAGCGUUACCUGAAGAGAUACGCUGCACUCUGCUACAAAUGGAAGAUCGUUUGUUUCAAUUACACUCGCCCAAAUCCAAGCGUGAUAGACAGAGCAAUCAGUCUCCAUAAAGAAGUGAUUGCUCUCUACCCUCAUUCUUUCCUUGAGAAGAAAAUAGACCUCGCAAAUAUAUACGCAAAGUCAAAUCACGGCCAGGCCGAAGCUGAGCAGAUAUACCAGGAACUGCUAGAAAUGGAUCUGGAACCUGGAGACAAACAGAUGCUCUACAACAACUAUGCAAAACAUUUAAACUUCGAUCGUCACGAUCGCAACACAUCAAUACGAUAUCACAUGAAGGCAGCAGCGAUACCGCAUCAGUCCUUCUUUCGUGGGAACAGCAUCAAAGCUCUGGAGAGGAUGAAAUACAAAGGCCACAUGCGUAGAGAAAUAGAAGAGUUUCUGGAACACCUGCAAGAGCCAUAGUGUUUUUAACAGCACUGGUUCUAAAUCCA